AUUAUUUAUUGCGCGUCGAAUAGCUCAGACCGAAGAACUUCUCGUUAAUGUCAAUACCGUGCUCACACAUAAACGCUUAAUUAAGAAAUACAAAUUGCGCAUCACUUGCAACAACUCGAUGCAAUUUCUAGUUACUAAAGGGCACAGAUAUAAAAGAGGUUCUAACUGCCGCUUGUAAUGCAGUAUUACUAUUAUUUUCAAACGCAAUUUUUAUUUACUUAGAAAAGAUGGGCAACAAUAUCUUUAUUAUCCUUAUGAUUUUUGCAUCCUUUACGGCCAUGGCAGUAGUACGACCGGAAGAUUCGGGCAUUUCGUGCGGUCCAAAUGCAGAAUUCACCACAUGCGGCGCCUAUUGCGAGCCCACAUGCUAUCCCAGUCCGUAUCCAAUUAGCGCAGAUUGCCUGCAAAUAUGCCGCGUCGGCUGCCAGUGCAAUUCAGGAUAUUUGCUGAACAAUGUUGGGGAAUGUGUGUUGAUCAGUGAAUGUUAAUCGAAAUUUAGUUUUUUUUUUAUAUUACAACAUACAGCGCAAUCUUUAAAGUUAUGUUGAAAGAGAAGAAUUUUAUAUUUUGUCCUUUUUAUUACAGAGGGUGUAUUUAGGAGAAUAUACAUAUAUUACUCUUUGUUUUAAAUUAAAAAUAAUGAACAACUAAUGAAAUUGCCGAACUGAGCCUCAACUUGGCGUGCUU